CACCCACACCCACACCCACACCCACUCCCACACCCACACCCACACCCACACCCACACCCCACCCAAAUCAAACUGAUAGAUUUGUCAUUUGUGGUCAUUGAUAGAUAGAAUAUAGAUCAUACACCAUGUGUAAAAUAAUGAUGCCUAUGACUUAAUCUUGUAGAUUAUCAAAAAAACAUUUGUUUCUUUUUAGGAUAAAUUAUUUAAUCUAAAAUGUUUCUCAUUAAAAUCGUUCUUUCAAUUUCAACAAUAUGAUAAAAUUGUAUCACUUCUUCGUCGUAUGUCAAAUCUGGAAAAAUUAACUUUAUAUCUUCCUAUAGAAGGUCGAAAUAAAGUGAUUGAUGGUACUUAUGUUCAACAUGAUAUUUUGGAUUAUAUGCCACAACUUCAUUCAUUCACUUUCUAUAUUUGUACUUAUGUGAAAACGGUUGAUUUAUCUUACAAAUUAUCUAGUGAAGAUAUUCAACAAACAUUAACAAAUAUUGGACAACAACAUGUCACGAGUAUAGUCAAUUAUAUUCAUUGUGGGAUAGCUGCAUGCUCGAUUUUCUCACUUCCUUUUCAAUUUGAUUAUCUCAAACAUCUUGGCAAUAAAUUUCCAAAUAUUGUAUUCAGUUAUGUUACGUUUUUACUUGUAGAAGAUAUUAAUCUAUUCAAACAUGAAUUUUUCAUUCGAAUUGCCCGAUCGUUUCCAUUACUGAACUUUUUACGUAUUUUUAAUAGAAAAUCACAAGUAUUAGAUGGUCUUAUGACAUUUUCAUCUGACAAUUGUCAAUUACACUCAAUUAUUGAAUAUCAUCAUCUGACUAGACUCGAUGUGAGAGAUGCACAUAGAGAUUAUGUUGAACAAUUUCUAAAUGAAACAAAGACAUAUAUACCUUGUCUGACGGAAUUUGGAGUCGAUGUUGAUGAUUUAAAAGCUGUAACAAAAAACUUUACAAGAAAAGAAACACGACGCAAUUGUGCUAAGUAG